AUGAAGCUUAACUUCCUUUCCACUACUCUAGCCCUUGGCUUGGUCUCGGCCAGAGCUCACUAUCAACAACAAAUCAUUGCCAACGAUACCGAGGGUGAAUGGAUAGCACCUUCAGCAACCGACUACCGCGGCCCAUGUCCCAUGCUAAACACAUUAGCAAACCAUGGAUUUCUUCCCCGCGAUGGUAGAAAUCUCACAGAACACAAUGUGGUCAAGGGACUAAACCAUGGACUCAACUUCAACAAAUCCCUCGGAUCCAUCAUGUUCCAGCACGCUGUCCCCGCUAGUCCCGCCUACCCCAAUACUACUUUUUUCACCCUCGAUGAUCUCAACCGCCACAACGUUUUAGAGCACGAUGCAAGCAUAAGUCGCUCAGACGCCUACUUCGGCAACAAUCACAUCUUCAACCAAACCAUCUUCGACACAACUAAAAUGUACUGGCCCUCAGAAACACUCACAGCACAACAUCUAAUCGACGGCAAAAUUUUCCGCCAAAUCGUCUCCCGCACCACAAAUCCAAACUAUACCUUCACAUCCACAACUCAAGCCUUUAGUCUCGGAGAAAUGGCUGCGCCGAUCGUUGCUUUUGGUGAUAAAAAUGCUUUAACUGCCAAUAGGACAUUAGUAGAGAGUUGGAUCGAAAAUGAACGAUUGCCAACGGAGCUUGGGUGGAGGAAACCAGAGGAGGAGGUUUCCCUGGGUGAUAUAUUGUAUGUGACGGGGGCUCUUGCAAAUCUUACUUCGCUCUUGAGUGAUGUGGUUAUUACGCCGAGAGGUGAAAGUGCAGGUGCCCAUGCUAAGCGUAUGGGACAUUGGGGUGUAUCGAUGUAA